AUGUCAAUCAACGCACCGUCAUUAUCGUGUUUGCGAGUGCUGCGAGCACUGGUCACACCAAACAGCAACCAACUCUGCACCUCAGCAACACGCAACUAUGCCACCAAACCGACAUCACCAUCCGCCGCAACACCAACCAAGCCCUUAGCAUACAAACCACGCGAAAAGGAGAAUCCAGACGAGGAUCCGGUACCGAAACCACUAGUACGACCCAUCGGGCUGCCACAUCCACCACGAGCAGGUGAGAACACCGGCAUCGACGAUCGCAGCUGGAAAGAACGCAGAGAUGACUUUACAAAUUACGACAAGCAUCUCGUGCGUCGCAAGAAGCUCAGCGAUACACUAUACCGCCCUUAUUUCCGCGACUUUAGCGCUAUGCGUCACUUCAAGGGAAAGACGUUCUUGUCUCCUCAAUCGGUCUUCAAGGCUGAACAUGCCCUCUGGUUCCCCAACUUGCGUGGUCGCACUCUGGAAAAGGACUUGACCAAGAAUGCCGAGAAGAAGGAUUUGGUAAAAGCAUUGAAGGGCAAAGUCAGCGUCGUCGGUAUCUUCUCGUCCGGCUGGGCAGAGAACCAAGUCGCGACUUUCUGUUCAAAGGAGAAGAACCCGGCAUUGCACGAGGUGCUGGAGCAAGAGAGGCAAAGAGGCAAAGCAGGGCUUGGUCAAUUGGUAGAGAUCAACCACGAACCCAAUGCGCUCAAAUGGUGGAUCCUACGAGCCUUUGCGGGUAGAUUGAGGGCUCUGCGACCCCAGCAGGACUGGUCCAAGUACUUCUUGAUCAGACGCGGCGUCGAAGACGACAUCCGAGAAGCCAUUGGUCUGUUGAACAGCAAGGUUGGCUACGUCUACUUGGUCGACACCGAGUGCAAGAUUCGCUGGGCUGGCAGUGCCAUCGCUCACGAGCUGGAGCAGGAGAGCUUGGUCAGGAACCUGAAGAGAGUCCUGGCCGAGGCAAGAAAACCAAAAGAGUCACCAAAGAGCGAGCGGGUUGACAGUCUUGUCGAGGCGGCCACUCCUCAACAAGUUCAAUGA